CCAUAUGACAUGGAAAUUUUUCUGGCUGAAAUCCCAAUUCCAAAUUCUUGGAUCACAUUCAACAAAGAACAUCAAAGUUGUGGGAAUUCAAGAAAACAAAAUUCCACCAAUUUCCUUUUAAUCACACACUGAAAAACCUCAUUAAAUGAAUUCCAGAAGUUGCAAGUGAUGACAUGAUUGCAUCAUACUUGCCGAGUCAGCCCCAGCAAUUCUUGAUACAACACCAGAAUCAUGCAAAGAUCCCAGAAACCGAUCAUUAUUCAAAUCAAAAGGAGCAAGAAUGCAUCUCCAUGAUCAAGAAAUGCAAGAAUUUGGAGGAAUUCAAGCAGAUCCAUGGCCAAAUCCUCAAGUUUGGACUGCUGUGGAGCAGUUCAUUCUGCGCCAGCAAUCUCAUCUCAUCUUGUGCUCUAUCACAAUGGGGAAGCAUGGACUACGCCUGCUCGAUUUUCGACCAGAUCGACCAUCCGUGCUCCUUCGACUUCAACACCAUGAUCAGAGGCUACAUCAAGGAUAUGAGCUCAGAGCAAGCACUGCUUGCAUAUCUUGACAUGCUUGAGACGGGCGUGGGGCCGGAUAAGUUCACGUACCCGGCCCUACUCAAGGCGUGCGCGUCUCUAUCAGCGGCCGAGGAGGGAAUGCAGAUCCACUGCCAUGUCUUGAAGCAUGGAUUUAUUGGAGAUGUGUUUGUGGGCAACAGUUUGAUCAAUAUGUAUGGGAAAUGUGGUCUCUUGAGGGAUUCGUGCUCGGUUUUCGAGCAGAUGGAGGAGAAGACAGUGGCUUCUUGGAGUGCUGUCAUUGCAGCUCAUGCUAGUUUAGGCAUGUGGGGUGAGUGUGUGAAGCUGUUCUCUUGCAUGAUUUGCGACGGCGGGUGGCGGCCGGAGGAGAGUGUUUUGGUCAGUGUGCUGUCUGCCUGCACUCAUUUGGGCAGGCUGGAUUGGGGCAGGUGCAUACAUGGCUAUCUGCUUCGGAAUUUGAGUGGUUUGAAUGCUGCAGUUGAGACUGCAGUGAUAGAUAUGUAUAUAAGAUGUGGGAGUUUGGAGAAAGGGAUGUGUCUGUUUGGAGAGAUGGUUAGCAAGAAUCACAAGUCUUAUAGUGUGGCUAUCUCGGGUCUGGCGAGUCACGGCCGUGGCAAGGAGGCUCUGGGCGUUUUCGAGCAGAUGAUCGGGGAAGGGUUGAGGCCGGACGACGUGGCCUAUGUGGGAGCGCUGAGCGCUUGCAGCCACGCCGGCCUAGUUCAAGAAGGGGUCAAGUAUUUUGAGAGGAUGACCAGAGAGCAUAGGAUAGAACCAACAAUGCAGCACUAUGGUUGCAUGGUUGACCUAAUGGGGCGAGCCGGGCUGGUCGAUGAGGCUCACGAGCUCAUCAAGAGCAUGCCUAUGGAGCCAAACGACGUUGUGUGGCGCAGCCUUCUAAGCGCCUGCAAGAUUCAUCGGAAUCUUGAAUUAGGGGAGGUGGCAGCUGAGAGACUGCUGAAGCUCAACACACAGAAUGCAGGGGACUAUCUGAUGCUGUGCAGUAUCUAUGCACAGGCUGGGAGAUGGGAGGAUGUGUCGGUGGGUCGGGUCAAGUUGGCCCGUGUGGGGCUAGGCCAGGUGGCUGGGACGAGCGCGGUUGUGGUGAGGGGGGAGGUGCAUAGGUUCGUGUCCAACGACAUGCUGCAUCACCAUCCUCUGCAGUGCGAGAUACAUGAGAUGAUCCACCAGAUGGAGUGGCAGCUGAGGUUCGACGGGUACGAGGCAGACACGUCGCAGGUGUCGAUGAAUGUGGGGGAAGAAGAGAAGAGGGAGAGGUUGAGGGGCCAUAGCCAGAAGCUGGCUAUUGCUUUUGCACUCAUUAGUACAUCUCAAGGGAGUGUUGUGAGAAUUGUGAGGAAUGUUAGGAUGUGUAGCGACUGUCACACUUAUACUAAGAUGAUUUCUGUGAUUUAUGAAAGGCAUAUCAUAGUUAGGGAUAGGAAUGUGUUCCAUCAUUUCAAAGAUGGGACUUGUUCUUGUAAAGAUUAUUGGUGAAUUUUAUGUCUCUUUUUUGGA